AUGAAAUAUUUAUUCCCAACAAUUAUUGUAUUAUAUACUACAUUUUUAUUGUUUGCAUCGGCAACUACUUAUACACCUGAUGCUGAGACUUUCCAGAUUUGGGCUGAUGCCUAUGGAAAGAAGUACACAAGUGAUGAGUACCAAAAGGUCUUUGCAAUUUGGCAAGCCAGUGUCAAUCAGAUUAAUCAAGUGAACUCCAAGAUCAACCUACCAGAUGUACACCUUGAUUUUGGUGAUGGACCCUCGCCCUCAUCCAGUCGCAAGCUCUACGCCGCCCAAGCUGUCGACCCCAUUGUCUCAUUCCCCAAUGCUGAUAUGCCAAGGAUGACACUUGGAGAGUUCAGUGAUAUGACUUAUGACUCAUUCAGCCAUAUGUUCUUGGGUGCUGAUGCUGCUGCCAUCCCAGCUACUGCUGCUGCCGGUUCUGCUUUGUCAACUGGUGCCAUUAUUGGUAUUGCUAUUGGUGGAAGUGCUGUUGUUGUUGGUGCUGCUGCUGGUGUCGCCUACGCUGUGAUCAAGAGCAAGAGAGGCAAGACAACCGUGGUCGAGGUCAACAACAUGGAGACCGAGAAGAAGAAGUCCAAGGGUAUCGAUGUAUACAAGUUCCGCAAGGGCAAUGUUGCACAUUCAAUCACUGCUCGUGAUCAAUCACAAGUUGUCACACAAUAG